AUGUCCAUGUUGAAGCCGUUUCUUGAGACACAGGAAAGAGUAUUCCAUUUAACAGAAGAAACACAAACAAUCGAUUUAGGACUCUUUUUAUUGAGAGGUAACAAUGUGGUGUGCAUAGGAUUAGUAGAUGAGGAAGAAGAAGAAACGAUAAAUUGGGCUUCAUUACACGGCAGACAGUUAGGUGACACAAGGCAUGCAUUGGAUUGA